CUGACUGAACACACACGGUCAAGAAGGACCUGGAGAAGGGCAGUUGGUCACCCGCCACCCAGAAUCGGGGCCCCGGCACUAUCUGGGGGCGAGCUCCUGGGAAGCGGCCCACCCUCCCUGCCCCUCCCCAGAGAUCUGCGGCCGACAGGAGCUCCCGCCUCUUGCCCCGCCCCUCCGGACCUUCCCGCGGAGCAGAGGGCGGGCGUGGACGGGACCGAGGUGGAACGAAUUUUGGAGCUCAGACGGGAGGCCCCGGUGGCUUUGGGUGUGGGGGGCACGCCCAGCUGGAGAAGCCGGUGCAGGCUGAUGAAGCCGAAGCUCCCGGGUCUUGGUGGAUCCUGGUCGGAGCGUAGCUGUUCCCAGGGGAGGUGAGAGGUGGAUCAACAUGGACCCCUUCGACAGCCCAGCUGCCUAGAGCCAGCCGCCUAGAGCCAGCCGUGCUGCUCGCCUCGGAGCUGAGCUGUCACCGAGGCGCAAACCCGAGAAGCAGCUGAGCAACUGGAAUUUGUGAAGUUCCGGGGUGGGCGGGGAAGGUACUGUCCGUGGUGCUGAGCCGGAUCCCAGCAACGGGCUCCGGGGAGAGCGCGCGAAGCUGCUGAUCGGCUCCCUCGAACUGGGGCGGUGCACUAGGGUGGUUUGGAGCUGAAACCCCCGCCCGGCUCGAAAAGCCCUGAAAGCCUCCCCAGUCGCCGGCGCUUGGCCCUUAUUUCAGUCCGAAAGUCGCCCCCUUGGGGCAGUUCGUCCCAAAGGGUUUCCUCGAAAGUAUCUGAGAGGGCGAGUUCUUGACCGAGGGAAUCUCUCUGUUUAGCCCGGAAGCCACCCGCCAGAGAAAAGAUGCCUGCCUUCAACAGAUUGUUUCCCCUGGCUUCCCUCGUGCUCAUCUUCUGGGUCAGUGUCUGCUUCCCUGUGUGUGUGGAAGUGCCCUCGGAGACGGAGGCCGUUCAGGGCAACCCCAUGAAGCUGCGCUGCAUCUCCUGCAUGAAGAGAGAGGAGGUGGAGGCCACCACGGUGGUGGAGUGGUUCUACAGGCCCGAGGGCGGUAAAGAUUUCCUUAUCUACGAGUAUCGAAAUGGCCAGCAGGAGGUGGAGAGCCCCUUCCAGGGGCGCCUGCAGUGGAAUGGGAGCAAGGACUUGCAGGAUGUGUCCAUCACCGUGCUGAACGUCACCCUGAAUGACUCUGGCCUCUAUACCUGCAACGUGUCCCGGGAGUUCGCCUUUGAGGCACAUCGCCCCUUUGUGAAGACUACACGGCUGAUCCCCCUCCGAGUCACCGAAGAGGCUGGAGAGGACUUCACCUCUGUGGUCUCAGAGAUCAUGAUGUACAUCCUCCUGGUCUUCCUCACCUUGUGGCUGCUCGUUGAAAUGAUCUAUUGCUACAGGAAGGUCUCAAAGGCCGAAGAGGCAGCUCAAGAAAACGCGUCUGACUACCUUGCCAUCCCAUCAGAGAACAAAGAGAACUCUGCGGUACCAGUGGAAGAAUAGAAGGGUGGGAUGAACACUGAGGGACUGGAUAUUCCAGGUUCAGCGAUGUUAACAGCAUCAGGAGGGUGCCCCAGGGGCCAGAUCACUUCCCUUCACGCAUCCAUCCUUCUAUUCAUUCAUCAUGCAUCCGCUCACCUCUGAACUUUCACCCCUGACUUCUAACUCCAUCAGACCUCUACACACCAUAAGACUUGGCCAGUACUAAGGAGUAAAUAUUUCUACACGGACUCAAC